AUGGAGUUCAAAAGUAAUUUUAAUAAUUCUUUGGAUAAGAUUUAUAAAGAAAUUCAAACAUAAGUGUUAAUUUUUAAAAAAGAAAAAUAAUCUUUAUUAUAAAAUUUUAAUACUUAAUAUAAUUUUCAAGAGGAUGUUAAAUAAUUAUCUGAAUUUCUUUUAAUCUAGGAUAAUUAAAUAGAACUCUCAUAAGAUGGCUAAUUUAUUGAUGAAAUUUUUAAAUAAUUUGAACUCAUUUUUUAAAAUGAAGCACAUAACAAAACUGUAUAAACUUUUAAGGAUGUUGUAUAGAAUAUUAAUAAUUUAAAUAAGGAUAAUCAAAUUGAAAUUAUAUCUCUGUAAACCAAAAAUAAUGAAGUAAUAUUUAUAUAAUAUUUUAGAAAACAUUAAGUUUAAAUAACCUUUGCGCAAAACAUAAAAAAGAAAUAAUUAUGAUCGACAUAGAUUCAGAGAAUAAAAAAGUAGAAUAAAGAUUUGCUUGUGUCUAAUGCAUUAGUGAUAAUCCUUAGUGCUAAUAUAAAACAAUAGAGGAGAUAAAUUAGAAGUGGAAUGAAAAAAUGAAAUAAUAAGAUCAUAUUAUCAAUGAUUUAAAGUCAAAAAGGUUAAAAAAGAAAGAAAAAUUGAAUUAGAAAAUAGCUGAAAUGAGAAAAAAUUAUAUUUUAUAAUUAGAUGAUAUUAAUGAGUACAUUGGUAAAUUAAGAAUUAUUGAUUAGAAAACAAGAGUUAGAUGAAUUUAUUAGUUCUUCAACAUAAAUUUACUGUUAGAUAGAUCUAUUUAAUCAAACUAUUAAAAAAUUUUAAGAUCACUAAAUUAAAAUUAACUAUAUUAAUGAUAAAAUCAAAUUAUUUCAAGAUAAUUAAUAUUUUACAAACUUAUUAAUAUAACUUUAUGAUUAUAAGGAUAAAUUUGAAAAAGAUUUUAAGAAUUUCAAGAAAUUUUGUGAAAUAGACAAAUUGGAGAAAAACAUUGAGACUUUAAAAAAAGAUUAUAAGAAAUUGGAAUCUGAAAGUAAGAAUAUUUUUAUAAAUUAGAAAUUACUAUAGAGAAUGAAUACAAAGUUGAGUGUCAGACUUAAGAUAAUUUAAUUAAGGAGUUAACAAAUUUAAAAUUAGAAUAAUAACACAUAAAAGAAGAAUAGAGAUUAUUAAAUGAAAGAUUAAAGAAGGAGCAAAAUAAUAAUGACUAACUUUUAUAAUAAUUAAGAGAAUAAUAAAUAAACUAUUAAAAUUAAAUUGUAUCACUAAAUUAAUAGAUCCAAGAUAAGAAUAAUUUAAUAACAGAAAUAUAAUCAAGGUUAGAUUAAUUAGGCUUAAAUAUAAAACCAGAUUUACUUCACACUAAUUAAAAUUAUCUAAUAAAAGGUUAAUAAAUAAAUUAAAAAUUCAAUUUUGAUCUACUCGGGCACAAAAGAUGGAUUAAAUAAUUAAUAAUAUUGGAGCAAGGUGAAUGGCAAAGGUAAUUUACUUAUGGUCUUCAAAUCAAAAAGCGAUCAUAUUUUAGGAGCAUACUCACCUUGUAUAUGGGAAUCAUGUUGUGGGAAAUAUGUAGCAGAUAAUACUUUAUCUUCUUUCAUAUUUUCAUAAACUAAUGAUUAAGUUUUUCCUUUGAUGAAAGAUACUAAAAAAUAUGCUAUCUAUUGUCAUUAAAAUUAUGGACCAGUAUUCGGUAAUGGAUAUGAUAUGAAAAUAGGAGGUGAUUUUACUGAUGGUUAUUUUAAUUUAGGUAGUUCAUAUUAAUAUUCUUUAUAAAACCAUGAAGAAAUUAAGCCAUAUUUAUUUGGAUAAAAAAAACCAGAAAUAAAAGAAUGCCAAAUCUAUGAAUUAUAAUUUUUUUGA